AUGUCCAGUCUUGGAGACUCAGAAACGAUCCGCAUCCUUGUCUCAACAGACAACCAUGUCGGCUACAAUGAGAGAGACCCUAUCAGGGGCGAUGAUAGCUGGAAAAGCUUCCACGAAGUGAUGUGCCUGGCGAAACAACAUGAUGUGGAUAUGGUGCUUCUGGCGGGUGAUCUUUUCCAUGAGAACAAGCCUUCCCGGAAAUCCAUGUACCAAGUGAUGCGCUCAAUCCGAAUGAACUGUCUCGGUGAUAAGCCUUGUGAGCUACAACUGCUUAGUGAUGCAAGCGAAAAUUUCCAAGGUGCCUUCAACCAUGUCAACUAUGAAGACCUGGACAUCAAUGUCGGAAUUCCCAUAUUCUCUAUUCACGGGAACCAUGACGAUCCGUCCGGUGAGGGGCACCUUGCGGCUUUGGAUAUCCUACAGGUCUCUGGCCUCUUGAAUUACUAUGGACGAACGCCGGAGUCGGAUAACAUCCAGUUAAAACCAGUACUAUUACAGAAGGGUCGAACUAAGUUGGCGCUCUACGGAAUGAGCAAUGUGCGAGAUGAGCGAUUAUUCAGGACUUUUCGAGACGGAAAAGUCAAGUUCUUCAGACCCUCUGUUCAGAAGGAGGACUGGUAUAACUUAAUAUGCGUUCAUCAAAACCACCAUGCGUAUACGGAGACCGGGUAUCUACCUGAAAACUUCCUCCCAGAAUUUCUUGACCUUGUCAUCUGGGGUCAUGAACAUGAGUGUUUGAUCAACCCUCGUAUUAACCCAGAAAUGAAGUUUCGCGUGAUGCAGCCGGGCUCUUCUGUCGCGACUUCGCUGGUUCCCGGUGAGGCAGUACCGAAACAUGUUGCCAUAUUGAGCAUCAAGGGCAAAGAGAUGAAAUGUAAGCCAAUCAGACUCAAGUCAGUACGUCCAUUUGCAAUGCGGGAGAUAGUGCUUUCUGAAGAAAGAGGUGCCCAGAAAUUGGCCCGCAAAGAGAACAACCGCACAGAAGUCACCCGUUUCCUCAUGACGAUCGUAGAAGAACUGAUCGAAGAGGCCAAAGCGGAGUGGCUGGAGCUACACCGUCCCCAGAGGAGAGAGGGCGAAGAGGAAGAAGAAGACGACGAAGAGCUGGAGGUUCCCCUGCCGCUCGUAAGACUCCGUGUGGAGACCUCAACCCCCGAGGGUGGCAGCUAUGACUGCGAAAAUCCCCAGCGGUUCUCGAACCGAUUCGUCGGCAAAGUCGCGAACGUGAACGAUGUCGUGCAGUUCUACCGGAAGAAGAAAACCGCUACAUCACGGAAGAAAGAAAAUGAGCUCGAUGAAGCAGCGCUUUCGCGCCUGUCCACCCUAGACACAGUGCAAGUCGAACAACUCGUGCGUGAGUUCCUCUCUCAGCAAUCUCUCUCCAUCCUUCCGCAAAACUCUUUCGGCGACGCCGUUUCCCAAUUCAUCGACAAGGACGACAAACACGCCAUGGAGAUGUUUGUGAAUGAGUCUCUUGAGGGCCAGAUAAAGCACCUUCUCUCGCUUGACCGCGACAGUGACGCUGAAGAUGAUGAAUCUCAAAGUUCUUUGCAAAAGGCUAUGGAGAGAUACCGCACCCAGAUGGAAGAAAUGUUCUCAAAGGGAGUUAAGAAGCGUACCCGUGGCAGGCGACGCUUCAAGCCGAAGCCAGACGGCUGGGUCACAGAGAUCGACGGCGUCUGGGAAGAUCAACCCGGUGCGCUAAUCCACUCUGAUAAUGAGGGUGGCGACCCCAACGAGGAAGAAGCUGGCGAGGAUGGCGCUGAACCACCAGUGGGACGAAUAUCUACGCGUGGUCGUGGCAAGGGAGGCAGAGCCGCAGCAUCCACCACGACCCGCAAAACAGCGACUACAAAAGCGGCCGCAGCCCGGAAACCCGCGAAAUCGAAGAUAACAACUUCUCGAGCGCGCGGCCCCCGCGCAGACGACGACGACGAGCCCCAGAUUCUAAAGCCAGGAGAAGAGGACGAAGAGGAUGAAGAGUCAGACUCCCAAGCCCUAUUCGUCAAACAGCCAGCCUCCAAAUCCCGCAAAGCAACUACGAAAAGCACAACGCAGCGCUCGCGCCAAACAAAGCGUACCGCACCGUCCCCCGCUCCAUCGUCCAACACCGUCAGUCAAACCACUACAACCGCACGUCGCAGAAGAGAAGGCAAGCAAACACAGCUAACGUUGGACUUUGUUGGUUCGCAGUCGAGUCAGCAUGCUAGGGGGUCAGUGACGAGUAGCAAUACGAGGUCCAUGAGACCGAAUCGGACCACGAGGGAAGUAAGCGUUCUUAGUGAAGACAUUGAUGAUAGUGACGGGUUUGAGCCGAUGCCCAGUAUGAAAUAUAUCAAGUAUGUCAUUUCUUACCUCGUUCGACCAAUCUCUAUCAAUGAAGGGUCCAAGGACGAGCUACUGCUAGAAGACAAUAUAUGCCAAGAUCACUUUGUAGACCAUAAUAUGAAUGAUUGA